AUGUCAUUUCUACGGACCGCGACAACCAGCAAAUCAGACAAGUGCCCUCUGAGAGAUGCCCUUCCUGACCUCCAUGAGUUGUACCAGCCAGGGAACUUCCUCCUUGGUGGGAUUGUUUCUCAGAUCGGCUAUGUGUUUUGUGACCUGAACUUCAGGAAAAACCCUUCACCGGACUUGUUUGAGGUUCCCAAUGUCGUGACUAAGUUGUACCAGCAUGUCCUGGCCUUGGAAUUCGCUAUCAGUGAGGUCAAUGCGAAUACCCAGAUCCUACCCAAUAUCACACUUGGCGUCCACAUCUCUGAUAGCUAUUAUGAUGCAAGGGUGACCUAUCGCAGCUCUUUUGACCUUAUCUUCAAGAUACAUCGAAGCUUCCCAAAUUAUAUGUGUGACACUCAUAAAAACCUGAUGGCUGUCAUUGGCGGGCUUUCCUCUGAUACCUCCUUUCAAAUGGCAGACAUCUUUGGUCUUUAUAAGAUUCCACAGCUCACGUAUGGUUCAUUUGCCCUGGAGGAGAGGGAUACAAAACUGUUCCAUUCCUUUUACCGCAUGGUAUCAAAUGAUGAACUUCAGUACAUGGGGAUUAUCUGGCUGCUUCAGCAUUUUGGCUGGAUGUGGGUCGGGCUGUUUGCUGUGGAUAACGACAAUGGAGAACAUUUCUUGAGAGUCCUGGAGCCACUGCUUUCCAAACAUGGAAUCUGUUCCGCCUCCACUGAAAGAUGUCCAAAUACUCUCAGCUGGAACAACUUGAUUGCUGUGAAUGAUCUCCAUCCGGUCCUUCAAGGCAUUUUGUUUAAUAACUCAGAAGGAGAAGCCAUGUCUUUUAAUGCAAAGAGAGAAAUGGGAACUGGAUUUGACAUAACAAACUUCAUCACCUUCCCAAACAAGUCCUUUCUUAGAGUGAAAGUUGGAAGAGUGAAUCCCAAUGCUCUUGUAGGACAAGAAUUCAUCAUUCAAAAGGAAAUGAUUUCAUGGCCAAGGAAUAUGAGCCAAGGGGUGCCCCUUUCCUUGUGCAAUGAUUACUGCCCGCCUGGCUAUCACAAGAAGAAGAAGGAAGGGAAGAAAUUCUGCUGCUACGAUUGUGUUCCUUGUCCACCAGGGGAGAUUUCAAAUCAUGUGGAUAUGGAUGACUGCGUUCUAUGUCAGGAAAAUCAGCAUCCAAGCAAGGAUCAAGAUCAAUGUAUUCCCAAAAAGACAAACUUCCUAUCUUAUGAAGAACCUUUAGGGAUCUCUUUGACUUCCAUUGCUGUGACCUUAUCUGUAAUCACCCUGUUGGUUCUAGAAAUUUUUAUUAAGUACCAAGAUACCCCCAUUGUCAAAGCCAACAACCGAGAUCUCAGCUACACACUUCUGGUCGCCCUUCUGUUCUGUUUCCUCUGCUCUUUGCUUUUCCUUGGAAGACCAAGGAAGUUAACUUGCUGGCUCCAGCAACCUGCUUUUGGCAUCAUCUUCUCAGUGGCUGUUUCUUGUGUGUUGGCCAAAACCAUCACUGUGGUUGCAGCUUUCAUGGCCACCAAACCAGGGACCGAUGUGAGAAAGUGGGUGGGGAGAAGACUGAGCAAUUCUAUUGUCCUAUCCUCCUCACUUAUUCAAGCAGGUAUUUGCGUGAUGUGGCUGGGAACUUUCCCCCCUUUCCCAGAUUUAGAUGCACAGUCCUUGACUGAAGAGAUAGUGAUACAAUGCAAUCCAGGGUCUAUCACCAUGUUCUACAUGAUCCUCAGCUACAUGGGACUUCUUUCCAUUCUCAGUUUGACCGUGGCGUUCCUUGCUAGGAAUUUGCCAGACAGUUUCAAUGAGGCCAAGUUCAUCACCUUCAGUAUGCUGAUAUUUUUCAGUGUUUGGUUGUCUUUUGUUCCAACCUACCUGAGCACCAAAGGAAAAUACAUGGUAGCUGUGGAGAUCUUCUCCAUCUUGGCCUCUAGCAGUGGCUUACUAUGCUUUAUCUUUUUCCCAAAAUGUUACAUUAUUCUGCUAAGGCCUCAACUGAAUCACAGGAAACAGCUAAUUAGGAGAAAUACUUAG